GAUAAUCCAGAUGUGGACGUACUGGGAUCGAAUUUGUACAACAAUUUUGUCGGUCGAUAUCGACAUGUUUCCGGCGAUCAUGAUGGCCGUGCACACCAACUACGCGCCUCUGUCACACCGUCACGUACAAUGCCUUCCAGUGCCGCACUGCUACCUCAGACUGCACGAAAAGUCGACUCUAUUUUGGUUCACACGGGCGUGUAUAAGCCGUCCGAGAAGAACAAGCAACGACACAGCUAUUGCCAUCGUGAUUUCCUUGGAGCCGCUGACUUAGUCCUGCCCAUGUACGAGAUGACAGAUUGUCUGGAGGCCAUCCGACUAAUACUGGAGCAAAACAAUUUCCAUCCGAGCGAGGUCAAGUCGACUGGUGCAAAAUGA